GCGCCCAAACUUCCGCCACACCGUCGCCCGAAGCCGCCCGCGCGCGUCGAUCUCGCGUCAUGGCUGCCGCGGCCCAAGCUGCGAAGAAGGAGGGCAACAAGCUGUUCACGACGGGCAAGCACAAGGAGGCGCGCCGCCGGCGCCGCAGCGCUUCGAAUCGUCGCGGCCACAUUUUUCCGCGCGCAGGCCAUCGCCAAGUACACGGAGGCCAUCAACCUCGAUGGCACGGACGUGACCUUCUUCAGCAACCGGUCGGCGGCGUGCGGACCCGGCGUCCGCGGGGCGCGGCGGAAGCGGCGGAAGCGGCGGGUCCGAACGGAGCGAGGCCCCUGGUCCGCGAGCGCGAGCGCCUCGUGCGCGCCUCGAGGGACGCGACGCUCGGACGCGCCCCUUUUCGCGCGCGCGCGCGGCCGCGCUCGCGACGCGACUACGCGCGCAGGUACGCGGCCCUCGAGAUGUGGGACGAGGCGGCCGAGGACGGGCGGAGCUGCGUCAAGGUGAACAAGAACUUCAUCAAGGGCUACUUCCGCCUCGCCGUGGCGCUCCGGUCCGCGGGCAAGUACAAGGAGGCCGUCGACAACAUCAAGAUGGGCCUCGCGGUCGACCCCGGCAACGCGGACCUCAAGAAGCAGUCGAGCGAGAUGGAGGAGCUCAUGCGCAAGGACCGCGUCGUCGCGCUCGUCGCCAAGGCCAAGGAGCAGAUGCAGGGCGGCGAGCUCAAGGACUGCCUCGCGACCUGCGACCGCGGGUUGGCCCUCGACGGCGGCAACAAGGAGCUCACGAAGAUCAAGGGCGCGGUGCAGCCCAAGUUCGAGGCGGCCGAGAAGCGCCGCGUGGGCUCGCUGUCCAAGAACGCGCGCGACAAGGAGCUCGGCGACCAGGCCUACAAGAGCGCGGACUUCGAGGGCGCGAUCAAGCUCUACACCAAGUGCCUCGACGCGACGAGCGACAAGGGCUCGGAGAUCGCCGUCAAGGCCUACAGCAACCGCGCGGCCUGCUACAAGCAGCUCUCCAACUUCGACGGCACCAUCGAGGACUGCACGGCGGUCCUCGACGCGGACCCGGAGAACGUCAAGUCGCUCGUGCGCCGCGCGCAGGCCUUCGAGGCCGUCGAGCGCUACAAGUCGGCGCUCCAGGACGUCAAGUUCGUCCUCCAGAUGCCCCCGCCCCAGGUGGGCCAGGCGAACUGGACGCUCUGCAACCAGAUGCAGCACCGCCUCAACCGGGUCGUCGCGCAGCUCAAGGCCGGCAUGUAGGCCCCUCCGCCGCCUCACCCGCCGACCGCGGCGCCGCCCGCCGCCUCCGCCGACGCGCACCGCGCCCGGGAGGCGGCGCUCGUAACUCCCUCCUCACUU